AUGAAGGCCUACGAAAAAGACAUCUCGCGUAAUGCGGCCCUUUACAUCGCUCAUCAUGUCUUCCUGCCCCCAAAGCUCCCAGGGAGCGACGAUUACAGCCCCGAGUGUGAGAGGAUUCUUAUAGAGAUGCUAUGCGAAUCUCUGUCUCGAUUCAAGUCGUUCAUGACGGACGAUCAGCACAAUACCAUCGACUCGGCAGCCUCCAUGUUGGACAUGGUAAAGCAAGUACACGAUUCUUUUGGGCAUAUCGAUGAAGCAAAGCUUGGAUCGGCUCUAGAGGAGCUCUGUGCGCAAGGGGGUUCACUUCCAGUCCAUGCACAGGCCCAAAAUGCCGGACUCAUCUUCACAAACGCAGGCGACGGUUUUGUUGUUGUGGAAGUCUUUGAGCUUCUGCCCAGGAACGGAUUCGUCAUUCAGACUCUGGGGAGACUGAGGCGUAGCUUCCCUGGAAGAGCCAUCAAGAUCCCACUAGAAAAGUUCGCAGGCUCAGAAUUCCUCCAGACAGCGGCAUACUCGCUGGCCAAAAUGAGCCACCAACGUGUCGCCGACACAAAACCCAUUGUGAAAAAGGCCCACCAAAAACAUGACGAGGAGAGGGAUGCUACUCAUCCCAAGAUCAUCACCGAACUGCUUUUCGCUUUCUUACAACCUCUUGGACAAUCCGUCGAACUUCUCUUCAGUCGAAACCAAGAUCAGGACGGACCUGAUAUUUACAAAAGUUUCAUGGUGUUCUUCACUGCGUGCUUGCUGAAGCGCACCCAGGGGAAGCUUCCCACAGACUUGGUGCAUGCGAUGCAAUUGAAGAUUUCUCGCCGUCUACUAAAGCUAGAGCUGGUCAAUGAGGAACAAUGGUUGAAAGACGUGCAAGAUAUAAUGUCUCAAACCGCCAACAAUCUCCAAAGCCAAUGGAGCAAGAUUCUUACGCAAGAUAGCCCCCAAAAGACAGUUGCAUCUCUGGAAACGAUCGAUUUUAGAGAAAAUAUCUACAGCAAACUUCCAGAGCUUGAUAAUUUCAUCAAAUCGAUAGGCGCGAGGACAAGCACUCAUACGUCCACCGACAUCAACCCGAGGUCCUAUUCCUAUGAACUAAAGAAUGACGAGCUUCCGACCCUUACUCACACAUCCUCUGCUUCAAUUGACAUCGCCCACCAGCUUUGUGCAAUUGAGAUGUGGGUGGCCACGAACUUGGGCGCAUGGUUACAAUGCCAUCUCGAACAGCCUGACACUUGUCGCGAUUUGGAUAGUCUCAUCAGCUCAUACUACAAGGUCGCAUCCUCAUGCUAUUCAGAAAACCCUGAGGCUACCUCAGAGAUGUUUCUGACGAUUCUCGAGCUCUGGGUUGCGCUCGACAAAUCGGCUCUUUGCCUAUACCCUAUUCUCUCUGAGUAUGACGUUGGUUUACCGGGAGCCCUUUUUGACUCUUUGCUGCUCACCUCAAAAACUCAAAUGGUGAGACUUCAAAGUGCACAAGUCUAUCUAUCUUCGAGGCUCCGCGAAACCACAUACCAAUCACCAGCCAUUUUCUGCGAUUACGGUGGCGAUGAAUCCUUCGCUGUGAGGUACUUUGAAGUAUCAGACAACCAUCAAAAUCUUCGAACCGCAAUCGAAGUGGAAGCCGAAAAGGAUCGAGAAAAGAAAGUCGCGGAACUAGUGAUGCUCAAGAGGGAGUACUCUGAGUUGAUGCGGCUGUGCGACGAGAGCAAAUGCAGGUACAGAACAGUAUACACCAAACGGGGCCUUGCCCGUCAGAGGCACGUCAAUCCCUGCGAGAAAUGCAGAUACAAAAAGGAGGCUGAUGAAAUAACGAUUGGCAUCCACGAAUGGCCGCUCUGCAACUCCGAAUUGAAAGCGAAAGCCACGGUUUUUGAAACACAAGUUCCGUCUUCUUUCGGUUUCUGGCGUAAAACAACUCUUUAUGUUCUUUUCGACGUAUUCGGCGCAAAAUACACCAAGGAAAUAAAGCCCAUGAAUCUCUACCACCUCAAGCACUACGGGUGCCUAGCGACUCAUUUUCAGGCUUAUGACAAUGAUAUUCGGGUUGGCCUGGCUUCUAAUGCGAAACCGCAUAACAAUACGCAUUAUAGCGACAAGAACAUCAGUAUGGUGGCAGAGGAAGAUAUAUUGUUGAACAAUGGGAAUCGAUAUCAAUACUAUGACUACGUCAAACAGACUUUCAUCGGUCAUUUUGAGUUUACAGAUAAGCUGAAAGAUCUAUGCACCUACAAAUUGCCCUUGCAAUCCGUAUCUUUGCAGAAAUUCCUUUCGCGUCCACCACCGAAUGAAGUCAUUUCAUCUCAGUCGGAAUGCCCCAGUCACUUUGCCUUGGAGGAAUACAGAUCCUUAGUUAGUAUUCCUCUUGGUUAUCGAAUUCAAUGGCAAAACAUUCUCUUGCAGCUAGCAAUGCCGGCCGUUGAUUACAGGAAACAGGAAACGACACUUGUGAUAUUUCAAGCAAUUCAUCAAGCUGGCCCUAUGUUAGGGGAUAAUGUCUUGAGACAAGGUCAUCUCCUUAUUGGUGACAAUAUGUUCGCAGACAUGCUUCUGAGCAAUUUGGAGGACGCCACAGAGCGUCUCAAAGGAAAUUGGGAGUCUUACAACGGUUUCUGGGUCUUCACCACCUUGACUGCAAAGGUAUUAUAUCUAUCACCAUCAGAGCCUAUACAUCAGAAAUGCCUGCAACUACUGGGUACGCUUCGAAGGAUUUCCUUCAAAUGGGUUAUGUACCUAAGAAGGAGGGCUGAUGAAUCCACAAACAAUGAGCACAAAAAUGUUUUGAUUGACAUGGCUUACCGUAUGGCCUUGAUUUGUGUUACCUCAUUCGACUGCGCCAAAGAGUAUUUAAAUACUCUACUGGAGGAUCCUGCAAAUGCGAAAAUAUACCUUCAGUGUGCUAUGUUCAUGCAGGAAAGAACCAGUAUCAAUUAUCGCGAGACCAACGACAUUCUUGUACGCCUACUUGAGCACCGAUGGAAAAGGCUAUGUCACCGUAGUGCAUCAAUACUGCUCGCGAGCAUCAUAACAAACAAUUGCACGUCGCUCAACGAUGCCAUCAGCGAAUCCUGGCCAGCAUAUCGAGGCGGAUUUACUUGGGUGAACUCCGAAUCCUCACUCUGUUGGCUGAAGUCUCAAUGCAACGAUGACCAGACGGUUCAUUUCAAUCUUAUUACGGGGGAGCUCUUGAUGAACGGUUCGCCAGUGGGCCAUCUGCCAAAUGAAUACAGAUCACAUGAAAUCUAUCUUGCCUUGUUUGGUGAUGCUCCAUUAGAGGUGAUGCUUAGUUCUGAGCAGGGAAUGCGUUUUGUUGGAAAGGCUAAGCAUUCAGGGCGUACAGUGCAUUUGAGAAUGGAAGCCUCGGACCUCUUUGUGCGACUGGUUAAUAAUCAUGGUACAUUCGAGCUUAUACCUCGCCGAAAACUUGCGGGGAAGUUUCCGGUCACAUACGUUGAGAGCCCAGGCAAUAGAAUCAUAUCGAGCGUUUUAUCAUCUUUGGAAAACACCUCAUACAUACAUUGCACGAUUCGACACGAUUCCUCCAUGCUCGAAAUCGAGUUGCCAUCCAUAGACCUUCAGUUUUAUGUCCACCCAGGAGAGCAAGUCAUUUACGCACGUCAGUAUCCGGGUAUGGUAAUUGACGAUAACCAGUCACUGGGAACUCUGGUUGGUCUGCGUAGCAGGCUUCUUUUAACAAAUCAAAAAGGAAGUCGUCUGUUAAUCGUGCCGGAAGGGGACGUGACGUGGGAGGCCUAUCAAGGUCACAUCAAUGUGUAUGUUGACAAACGAUCAAUGAUCAGGAGUCACUCAUACCUAGUUGAUGACCAAUUACGCCGACUGGUUGAUAAUGGAAGCUUACAGAGCAAGCUUUUUCUCUGCUACCUGCACGCUCUAACAUCGUUCUGCUUACCGGAUCCUUUUACUAUGAGGACAGGUACAGAGCAAGCAUUGUCGAUUCUUAACUCUGCCGCUGUUAAGUCUUUCGAUCGAUUGACGCAGGAGAAUGUCGACCUUCUUUGCCGUAUUUCCCGGAUGAGUCCUGGGAGGAGGUAUUAUCCACCAUAUCUACGUGAAAUGCAGGUUGUUACUUGGGACAAAGAGAUGAGCUUCCUGUCACAGCAUGGUUGUUUCAUGAAAUACGUCAAAGCCAUAUUUGCUCACGACAAAAGAAUGAAAAUCUUUCAUGAAGAUAAAUAUGUUCCUCCUCAGAGUAUAAAUUAUGCCGAGGAUGAACUAGUGGGACGCGAUUGCAUUCGGUCUGCAGCAUUACGAGUUUCUGGAUUUGGUGCCGAGGAUCACACUAUUUCGAAAGACAGGGAAUAUACACCUAGAGACCGAGGGGAUUUCUCGUCCUAUGGCUGUCGCACUUUCAGGAUUGCAAAUUUCAUCUACCAAGGCCACACAACCUUGGAAUAUGAGUUACCGUCGGAUCCUCAGGAGCAUCUAUGGGAAUUUCUUUGCAACGCCUCUGAAACCACUCAUGGUCCAGCAAAACAGCUCGAUCCCUUGGACUUGAGAUACGAUGGAGAAUUAAUUAUAUCUCCUUCAGCAUCUGUAUCAAAAUUCUGGUGCAGUUUCUACACCUCUCUUACACGGAAGCGAGCAGAAUUGAAUAAGUUUCAUGUGAUGCUGUGGCUCGCCUCAAUGGCGUUCUCCGAAAAGGCCGAUAUAAACGUACUCCAGAUAAUGAGUGCAUUUUACACUUUACCUUCUCAAGACUUUCCUGAGGCCCCUCUCAAAUCCACCUUCGACCUCUCCAAAGGAUUUGCAGUGAGCGAUGCGGAACUACGUCGCAAUAUGCAACAGUCAGUGCGAUCCAUUAGUUACUCUUAUACCGAGAUGCCCUUAACCCCUGAAAUCACAUCAGAAUGGAAUUUACAUCGGAAGCCAGGAUUUGUGUCUUUGAAUGAUAUCUUCUCCUUUCCGCCGCUACCUCAAUUUUUUGAUAAUUUUUCUUCGUUGGGUGAGAUUUCGCUAUUACCCACCGUCGAUGAAGCUGAUGCUGAACCAUUGCGCCUCUUAGACCAACUUCUGCGGAGCAUGAUAGCUGGGUGCAACCCCGGGUAUGAAGAGGUGUAUCUCAGUAGGCUACAGGAAAGCCUUUCAUCAUUACAAGGGAGAACUAUCAAAUGGGGAGUCUUGACCCCAGAAAGCACCAAAAAGCGAGUUCUCCGCGAACACCUUGAAUGCUCUCAAGGGAGGGUACGAAUCUCAUAUGAAGUUAUGCGGUCUUCUGUCUUACCUUCUACUACAAUGCAGCAGCCAGGUCGAACUCAGUGGUCUAGAGCUUUUCUCAUAGCAUCCUCUGUUGGUCAAUGGCCCAGGAUAACGCCAACGAUGUUUUUACAGCAGCUUACCAUGUCGAAAUGGCACCAAUUAAGUGAUGAAUGGAAGAACUCCAUCGUCUCUUACGGAAUAGCUCUAACUGGACUUCAGCGUGCAGUGAGGUUACUCAGCUUAACCGGCAAAGAAGAUGAUUUAAUCAAGGAAUUGCAAAACGUCGGUCAUGAAAAUUGGGAUCCUCGACAGUAUCCCGAGUCACUGCUGUUAGAAAUCGAAAAUGGUAUUAUGGUACGGCUUGUUCAGCAACAAAUAAUCAAGGAGAUUAUCGACUUACCGAAGGGCUGCAACAAAGUAAUGCAGCUGAAUAUGGGAGAGGGGAAGUCUUCUGUGAUUGUGCCUAUACUGGCUUCAAUCCUGGCAGAUCCCUCUUCUUUGGUUCGCGUUAUUGUUGCAAAGCCUCAAGCUAGGCAAAUGCAUCAUGUCUUGGUCGCCAAGUUAGCGGGGCUGCUUAAUAGACGAGUUUAUCACAUGCCAUUUUUUCGCGGAAUCAAUCCCUCUGAAUAUGAUGCUGAGCAGAUUGGUUCCAUGUGUCGUGAAUGCGUGGCAAAUGGAGGAGUACUACUAGUGCAACCUGAGCAGUUACUGUCAUUCAAGCUGAUGGGAAUCGAAGCACUGAUUGCGGAUAAGCAUGCUCUUGGACAUUCUUUACUCAAAACACAACAUUUCUUUGACAAAACCUCUAGAGACGUUGUCGAUGAGAGUGACGAGAACUUUAGCACCAAGUUCGAGCUAGUAUAUGCGAUGGGAUCCCAGCAGUCAAUUGAGCUUAGUCCCGAGCGGUGGUUGUUCAUUCCACACUUACUCGGCCUUGUUGGAAAACUUGCUUCUGAGGUGAAAAGUGAUCUCUCCCAUGCUAUUGAAGUGUGGCAGUCUAGGCCGGGAGCCUUUCCAAGGACUAGACUCCUUCGACCUGAAGCUCGGAGAGAGCUCCUUGAAAGAAUUUCUAGACACAUCUGCGACGCGGAGUAUGUGAUUCCUGGUCUUUCUAUUCACCGGCAAUCAACCGAGAUUAGACAGGCAACCUCAAGGUAUAUUCUCGAACGUGAGCCUUCUACGCAGGAUAUCUCUCUAAUCCAGGAUAAUGCCUCUAAAAUAUGGACUGGUACGACAAGAAAACUGUUACUUCUUUUGCGUGGUCUUUUGGCUGGGGGAGUUCUUCCGUUUGCAUUGGAAAAGCGUUGGAGAGUUGCUUAUGGGCUCGAUCUGAAAAGAACGCCUCCAACGAAACUUGCAGUACCAUACAGAGGAAAGGACUGCCCGACUGCGCGAUCUGAGUUCAGCGACCCCGACACGGUCAUUUUAUUAACCUGCUUAAGUUAUUAUUAUGGAGGACUGAACGAUGAUGACCUCUUCCUAGCUUUCGGUCAUGUCGUCAAAUCCGAUCAAGCUGAUGUCGAAUAUCAACUCUGGGUUGAAGACGCACCGCAACUGGAUCAUCAAUUCCGACAACUGGGAGGUAUGAAGGAGUUUCCACAGAAGCUUUCUGCUUCCGGAUGGGACAUUGGGGAGAUCAAGACGUUCCCUACUGCAGGCUUUAGCGGUACUAAUGAUUCUCGAGAGACUCUACCCCUUUCAGUAGAUCAGCUUGAUCUACCCGAGCAGAUGCAUACAAAUGCCCUCGUGCUUGGAUACCUCCUACAGACUGAAAACUCAGUUGCGAUUGUGAACCCGGAAGACACCCGAAUUUCUGGUGUUCGUAGCAUACUCUCGAUGGUAAACAGCAUGGACCAGCCUACACAAGUUAUCCUGGAUGUGGGAGCACAGAUCCUCGAAUCGAACUUUAAGGUGGCCAAGGAAUGGCUGGAAAUGACGCCAGAAUCUCGGUGUCGGGCGAUUGUCUUUCUCGAUGAUAAUGAUGAGAUUGUUGUCCUUGAUCGAAAGGGCUGGGUGGAGCCUUUGCAUAUCUCGCCUUUCGCCAAACAAAUGGAAGCCUGCUAUGUAUAUCUCGACGAAUGUCAUACCAGAGGCACCGAUCUCCGUCUACCUAAAGAUUAUCGAGCGGCAGUGACUCUGGGCGCAAAUCUUACUAAAGACAAAUUGGUCCAAGCUUGCAUGAGAAUGCGAAAACUAGGACAAGGCCAAUCAGUGGUUUUCCUCAUUCCCGAGGAGAUAGAACUCAAGAUCCGUUCCUGUGUGUCCAAGGAAGAAAACCAGAGCCUUGAGGUUUCUGAUGUAUUGCAGUGGGCUAUAUCGGAGACCAUGAUCGACACCUCCCAUAAUAUAGCUCUCUGGGCUGUUCAAGGUGCUAGAUAUCAACGCCAGAGUUGUAUUUGGCAGCACUACGGAGGCCGAGCGAAAAUGGCCGUUAAUAGAGCCAAAGAGUUGCUAGAAGAUGACGCUGCAACAUUGGAGCAGCGAUAUAGCCCGGGGGUUCGCACCGAGCUUCCUUUACUGGAAGAUCAAUACCUCAAGUAUCCGCACAUGCAAGAAAUUAUCCAGCGGUGUCGCCAAUUCAAGAACCUGGAUGUCGUUAAUGCCAGUCUGUACGAAGAACAAGAGCGUGAACUGGCACUUGAACAAGAACGAGAGCGUGAGGUUCAGCGACCUCGCUCAUACGAUCCAGUACAACACACGCUUCACACAGAAGUUGUCAAUUUCGUGGAUACAGGCGAACUCAAUCGAGAGUCUCCUGCCUUUAUGCCUGCUUUCAAAGCAUUAUACGAUACCACAGCUGCAAAGCAUUUGGAUUUGUCGAAAUUUCCGCAUAACCAUCUAAUGGUGACUAACGAUUUUAUGCGGAUUGUGCAGUAUCCAAAGGACAAAUCCAAAUUUGUCUCUGAUUUAUACCAACGCCAGGUGCAGUGGAUAUUAACAAGUCCCAAUUGUGACGAAAUGGUGAUUAUCAGUCCAUUUGAGGCCGAUCAACUUCUCCCCGCCAUUCUACAAUCGGGAAAAACCACUUUGCACCUAUACUCACCGCGUGUCACGCUGUCAUACCAGUCUCUUGGGCAUCUGUCUCUCUAUAAUUCACCUGUGCACUCCCUACUUCCAUUAAUCCCUCGCCACUUGAUCACUCAGCUCAAUCUAUUUGCCGGUCAAGUCUACCUAUCUUCUCAGAUGGAAUACCUCGAGGUUUGCAACUUCCUCAAUCUUGCAUCGAGGACGACUCCAGAUGGCUGGGCUGUUGGGGCAGAUGGUUUUAUCAUUAGCCGCGGUGGCCAUGGUGGUGGAAGUGCAGGUCUGGCGGCAUUGAGGGCCUUCCAGACAAGUCCGGUGAAGUUUUUCAAGAUUCUUAUGACCCAAAUCCGUCGCCACUGCGAGAAUUACGACAAAACACAUAUGGGAAAAAUUUUGAAUGGAGAUCUGUUGCACGCUGAGGACUUUUCUGAAUAG